GCUUGUUAUUGUCAGGGCUGCAGGAUGUGUGCGUAGCGGUCCGGCACUGCGGGGCAGUAUGGGGAAUGCUGUGCCAGGGCUCCGGCCGUAUUCCCUCUGUGGAGCCGGGGGCUAGAGCUCAGCCUGAGCCGCGCACAGUAUGACUAGCGCCGCCGCCACUGGGGCUCCGGUACAAGGCGUCGGAACCAUGCAGAGAGAGGACGCGGGGUCGUGGGUGUCGGGGGAGUCGGAGGAGAGGAGCGGCCGGGCUCCCGGAUCCUUAGAAGAUGAAAUGAGGCGACUGGAGCUUCAUCUGCGCCUUGUGUUACACGAAUGGGGCCCUGUGCUCUCUGCUGCCCAGCGCCUCCUGGUGUGGGAACGGGCCCUGCCCAGCCUGCUCACUGCCGCCGCCCUGCAUGGCCUCUUCUGGCUCUUCUCGUACCUGUCCCCAAGACCUGUGUUUUUAUUAAGCUUUUUCCUGCUGUUGCUUAUUUGUGUGGAACGCUGGAAGCCAUGGCUGGUGGCGCACUUCAGAGCACCAUCUCGGGGUGAUCCUUCCAAUGAUAGUGAAACCCUGUCAUCUGUGGCUGGAGCAGGGCACCCCCGCCUUCUAAGUGUGCCUGAAUUGUGCCAUUACCUGGCAGAGAGCUGGGUCACUUCUCAGCAGUACAUCCAGGAGCUGCUGCAGUACAAGAAGCAGAAUCCUGGCACGUUUUGCGCUGUGGUGUGCUCUGGCUGUGCAGUAAUGGCUAUCAUCGGACAUUAUGUGCCAGGGAUCAUGAUCUCCUAUAUAAUCUUGCUCAGUGUUUUGUUGUGGCCUGUAGUCGUUUAUCGUGAGCUGAUUCAGAGAAUGUAUACGGCACUGGAACCAGUCCUCAUGAAGCUGGACUACACCAUGAAGGGAGAAAGACUACACCGCUCACACAAGAAGAGGCAGGGAAAGAAAGAAGCUGAACAAGGUGAAGAAUUGGUCGCCGAAACAGACAGUGAAAGUGAGAUUGAGCUCUCUGGAUUUUCUCCUGAGAUGGAUGUAAGAAUUACAGCCUUGGCUCUAUCUAUUACGGAUUCCGAGUUGUCUGACGAGGAAGCCUCCAUUCUAGAGAGUGGUGGGUUUUCGGUCUCUAGGGCAACCACACCCCAACUGACAGACGUGUCUGAAGAUCUAGACCAGCAGAGCACUGUGACAGAGGAAGGAUCUGCUCCCAAAGAGUCCAGUGACUUGUCUCAGUGGCUGGGGCAGCGCCCAACUGAUGAGAAGCCUUUAUUUGAAACUCACUCUGUGGCUCACUCACAAGCCCAGUCUCUUAACUUAGAUACGGAAGAGCUGUUGCCUUCGCUAACGUCCCCUUUGCACUUUGUCAACACUCACUUCAAUGGAAAGGGACAAGCGGUGGGAAUGGCGGUUGAAGUCCAAUCGCUAAGGGAGGGCGGCGCGGUCAUUCCCUCCGAUUUGCAAAGCCCUAUAAUGCCGGUUGCUACUUUGGGACACCUUCUUUCUGAAAUGCAAGAGCCGGGGGAUGAUGGAGAGGAUUUUGAGUUGUUGGAGCAAGAGGAGGCGGAUCAGAUGGAGCAGGAGCUAGAGGAGGACGAGAGGCACCGAGCUGCCGGAACAUCAGCAACCCCAGUCUGUCCUGAACUGGAACAAGAGAAACCUGCUUCCUAGGGCUCACAAAGACUAGAUGUGUAGGGGAGGAACACAGGGCUCCUCUCUGAUUUGUCUAUAUGCACAGUAUCUGAUAGGCAGCUCUGCUCAAGGGAAAGCUAACCUUUCAAUUAACUUUUAGUGUGUCACAGGCAGAUGUAACUUAAGCAACUUUGCUGUUGGUCUUCAUUUUUUAUUGAUGCCUCUUCUUAUUUCAUCAUUUCAGUUUCUAUCAAAGUGAAACAUAAAAUGUUUUCAGUUUGUUAUGGUGAACGACUCAAGGAAAUAAAAGGCAAUGAGGACAAUGGCACGGGCAGCGAUAUCUGGGCAUUUAGUUGCCCAAGAGUUUUAUUAGCUCCUCUGGCAAAAUGUCUGGAAUUGCUUCCCAGUAGCAGUGGCCUGGACCCCUGUGCCGUCUAGAUGAUUUGCCAGUGAAGCAACUAAAUGUGCUUUUCCUAAGGUACAGGUAUGGGACCUGUUAUCCAGAAUGCUCGGGUCCUGGUGUUUUCCAGAUAAGGGAUCUUUCUGUAAUUUGGAUCUUCAUAACCUAAGUCUGCUAAAAUUAAUUUAAACAUUAAAUAAACCCAAUAGGCUUGUUUUGCCUCUCAUAAGGAUUAAUUACAUCUUAGUUGGGAUCAAGUACAGGUACUAUUUUAUUAUUACAGAGAAAAGGGAAUCAUUUAACCAUGAAAUAAACCCAAUAGGGCUGUUCUACCCCAAUAAGGGGUAAUUAUAUCUUAGUUGGGAUCAAGUACAGGUACUGUUUUAUUAUUACAGAGAAAAGGGAAUCAUUUAACCAUUAAAUAAACCCAAUAGGGCUGUUCUGCCCCCAAUAAGGGGUAAUUAUAUCUUAGUUGGGAUCAAAUACAGGUACUGUUCCUUUAAUUCUAUUUCAACAAAAGCUUGCCAUUGGAGCAGACUUCACUGCCAUAACACCCCCUAGAAUUUUCCAGGGGCCUAAUACUGCUAAAUAAAAAGAGCCCUAUUGGACCUAUAGUGGUAAUGGGUGGAGCUCAGCCCUGCUAUUUCCUAUUCUUCAUAUUUAUGGACCCAAAGCAGUGACCCUAUUUGCAGCCCCCCUAAAGACAGUCCUAGAUCUGACCUGGUGUCUGUGGAGGAGAAAUGGCUUUGUAACCAAAGGCAGUAAUCGCGCUGUUACUGUAGAGACCCGAUCCAUCUGAAUUACAGUAUCUCAGCCACUGACGUUCAGCAAGAGCUGCAAAUUAAAUGUAAACCCUAAAAACAAAUUCAAAUAAUUAUAGUUUAUGACAUAAGUAGUUAUUACACUGCCAAUAAAAUGAAUUUGAAACAACAGCGCCACCUGCUGUACGGCUAAGGUAACAGAGGGAAGUCUUAUGAGGUUGCUAAUCUUGAAAACUAGGGGGGGGGAUGUAAAUUACAAAAAUGUUUAUUUUACAUACAUUUUCAAGGGUUAAUGUUUCCUUUAGAUAUCACAGAUGCAAACUAAUAGGAACAUAGGAAAUGUCUCUCACUGCUGUGAUACCUCCCCCACGUGUUUGUAUGUAAGAGGCUGCUUGUGAGUGUGUGUAGAGCAACCCCAUGUGGAAGUAUCCAUGUUUGUAUAGCUAUAGAACUGUAUUUUGGUGUAAAUCCAUGCGUUACUCUGCGCGUGAGUGUAUGGGUGUGUGUAUAAUGUGUACAGUGUACAAUAAGUGUACUAACCCUAAUGUAUUUAAUGAUCUCUUGUGUUGCCUCAUUAAUUAAUAAACAUUGUUAAA